CACUAUCUACCAACAUACGCCAUCUGACAUGGUCCAGACAUACCAAAACCGCAGUCCUGAAUAGAACCAUCAAGAAAGCAUAUAAACCACCCUCCAAACCCACCUACCAUCUUCUUCCCUCCUCUCAUCAUCAGCAUCAAGCUACCAAACAACCAAACCCAACAAUCCAAACAAACAACCACCUGACUUCAAGUCAACCCCAUCAAAUAAACCACUCCUCUAUAUUAUUCACCCCUUCAAAAACCGCAACCAUGCCUCUCAGAUCAACCCGCCACACAACCACCACCGCCCCCCGCCGCAGCAUCUUCUCCCGCCGCACCCCGGCCCACACAACCCACCACCACACCACCACCACAAAGACAACCCGCACCAAGCGCGGCGGCGGUCUCUUCUCCCGCCGCCGCGGCCCCGUCGUGCACACAGCCCCCGUCCACCACCAGCGCCGCAAGCCCUCCAUGGGCGACAAGAUCUCCGGUGCCAUGCUCAAGCUCAAGGGCACCUUGACCCGUCGCCCCGGUCAAAAGGCCGCCGGCACCCGCCGCAUGCACGGCACCGACGGUCGCGGCUCGCACCGCGCCCACCGCUACUAGAUGUGUGGCAUACCAAAGAUACCCCUCCUUCUAUCGUUCGAUAGAUACCAACAAGCGAGCCUCUUAUUUGUAUGGAUUAUGAUGGAAUUGGAUACCUAUUGUAUUAGUAUUACUGAGAGCGAUUUGGUUUAGAGAUACCAUGUCUGUGUUACGAUAUAAAAUAAACAGAGUAAAGCAAACAAACGUCAUUUGACUCGAGACUGCAGAAUGUGGCACGUGACUGGUUUGCUUUGAAGGCUUUGAAUUGUGACUAGGUACCUAUCUGGGCUUGCCCCCCUUAACCUCUAAUUACACCAGUUACCAUCCUUC